GCCCGCCCUGCGAACUCGCGGCCGGCUCCCUGCGCCCGGCGCCUCAGCCCGAGCUCCCGGACCUCGGGUCUCCCUUGUUUCCGCGCCCCCGGGCCAUGCCCAGGCCUGUCCCCGGGGCGUCCUCGGGCCCCGAGGCCCCUCUCCUCUCCUGCAGGCCCGGGAGGAAUUGCUGGGAACGUGGAGCCUUUUUGUUUCCUAGCAACCUGAGCGAAGGCUGGGGUGUCGAGUGUCAAAACCGGCCGAGGUGCUCGCACCGGCCCGCUCCCCCCGCUCCGCGACCCGCCCCGCUCCCAAGUUUUCCUUUUCCUUUCAGAACCGUGGCCCACCCUUUCCCGAUCCUGGAGCUCUUAUCUCACUUCACCUUUCAUCCCUGCUUCACAGACCAUCCUUGAAAGUAUUUUCGACGCGUGCAAAAUUCAGCGCAGAUUAGAAUGACCUAGAACGGGUUUGCUUCCCUCAAAUGUUAGAACUGACAGGAUUUCCGGGUAUUGAAGUGAUAGGUUCCCUUUGUUUUACCCUUUUGCUUAUUACUUGGUUACUAUAAGGGUGGUGAUGAGAAAGACUGCGCUUGUGAGGCAUGAACUGAAAUGAAGACAGUAACUCUAGGGGUGAUGGAGACCGCAGAAGGAGUCGGUGAGGUGGCCUGGUGCUGUUCGAUUUGGAAUAUUUGUAGGAAGAACUUCGAUAAUUUUAUAGACUGCUAAGCUGUCAGUAAGGGUUAGAAGGAACCCUUCUUGUGAAGAUGUAGCACUUCUGACAAACCUGGCUGCUGAUCAGAAUCCCUGGGGAACUUUCAGAGUAAACAUACCAAUUCCCAGGCUCCAUUCCAAACUUAUGAAAGAAUUUCUGGCAGGUGAGGCCUAGAAAUCUCUAUUUGAAAAAAUACACUUAGGCUUGAAAGUUCUGUGUGCUUGCAAAUAGCUGAAGAGGAUCAGUUUCUCCUUCGACUUGGCGUUUCUGUAGAAAAUGUUUCCUGACUGCAAUGAGAGAAAGUGGAAUACAUUGUCCCCUCUGUCGUGGAAAUGUGACUAGAAGAGAGAGAGCGUGUCCUGAACGGGCCUUAGACCUUGAGAAUAUCAUGAGGAAGUUUUCUGGUAGCUGCAGAUGCUGUGCAAAACAGAUUAAAUUUUAUCGCAUGAGACAUCAUUACAAAUCUUGUAAGAAGUAUCAAGAUGAGUAUGGUGUUUCCUCUAUCAUUCCAAACUUUCAGAUCUCUCAAGAUUCAGUAGGGAACAGUAAUAGGAGUGAAACAUCCACAUCUGAUAACACAGAAGCUUAUCAAGAGAAUACAAGUUCUUCUGGACAUCCCACCUUUAAGUGUCCCUUGUGUCAAGAGUCAAAUUUUACCAGACAGCGUUUACUGGAUCACUGUAACAGUAACCACCUGUUUCAGAUAGUCCCUGUGACAUGUCCUAUUUGUGUGUCUCUUCCUUGGGGAGAUCCUAGCCAGAUUACCAGAAAUUUCGUUAGUCAUCUAAAUCAAAGGCAUCAGUUUGAUUAUGGAGAAUUUGUGAAUCUUCAGCUAGACGAGGAAACCCAGUAUCAAACUGCUGUUGAAGAAUCUUUUCAAGUAAACAUCUGAAGGCUGUAAACAUCUCUGCAUCUUUGUACCUGCAAGUGCCAUCUUUAAGGAGAAAACUACAUGAAGUCACCGUUUCAGUAACUUGAUAUGUAUAUUAAUAAAAGUAAUUCAGUGUGUUGUUUUAGUUUUUUAAUUGAAAAAUAAAGGUGGGCCAUCUAAAAACUUCAUCCUCUUGAUAAGUUAAGAAAUGAAAGUUAGGACAUUAUCUUUAAAAGCAGUAAAAGGAUUAUAUUUCAUUAAUGUAAUGGUGAAAAGGGAAUCGUUGUUGUACUUAGCCUUUUCUGUAUUACAUAUUCUUGAAUUUUACCUUACGUUGCUUUUGAAAUUUGGUGCAGGUCCUCCCACUGACAUUAUUGUGCACAGGUAACACAAUACCAAAUUCUGAAAGAUGCGUUGGAUAUAAACCUAACAAAUCUGAGCCAGUUUUCUGAGUUGCAGAAUGGAGACUUGAAGUGCUAAACAAAACAAUCCAAAGGAAACUUUUUUAAUACAGAUUCUAGCCGAAGAAUUGAACUAUAAGAAAAUUGUAUUUAUAUAACGUUUAGUAUUUUUGAAGACUAGUGAGAUUUCUUUAAUAAUUUUAACUCUUUAAAAAGUAAAAGCUCAUUGUAUAGAUAUUUCCUUUUUGCUAUUAGAAGGAAGUAUCGAGAAAAAUUUUACUUUGAUGGGCAGUAGAUAAUUUCAAAACUUUUUUGUUUGGCUAAAGAAUUUUUAAGCCUAAAGUACAGUGAGCUGAGUUACAGCUCUUUGGCCUCAGAAUUUUCAGUUGCUAGAAUUUCUGGUUAGCUAAGAUGAAACUAAGCUUUCAGUUAGUGAUAUUACAUUCUACAUAUAUAUUUAGAUGAGAGAUUUGACUUCAUCUCAGUUUAGAAAUUCAUUCGAAGCUAAAGAUGUAUGUGUAUACACAUACACUUUUGUAUGUGUAUACACACACACACAAGUAUGCAUGCAGCUGUGAGGUCAUAUACAGAAUUUCUAGUAAGAUUUUUUAAAUGGACAAGCAAUAUAGGAUUGAAGUAAAUAUCUGGUUGGAUUAAAAUUUUGUAUAUCACCAAAUUUUUAAGAAGUAUAGUAACACGCUAAGUCGUCCAGUUGGCUACUGUUAUACCUUAAAAAUUGAGUUUACACACCGACACAAUUACCUGUUCAUAUGGUGCUCACUUGUUAUCUUAGAGAUAAUGUAUGACUGCAGUAAUGGGACAGGUUCUACCAGCCAUUCUGUCUCACUGCUUUUUAGUCAAAACUGGGUUUGUUCUUAGUAUUCAUUGAAAAACAAAAUAACUUGUACUAGAAGGUCCAAAUCCCAGAAUAAAAGAUGAAAGGUGGAUUAGCUGACAUUCCAUACUAAUAUACAAUGUUUAUUCUUUCUUUGAAAUAAAUAACUAAACAAAAGAAAAUCUCAGAAGUAGUUUGCUGCUAAUAUAUACAUAUAUUGUAUAAAAAGGUAUAUUUUGGUUUUGUUAAAACCCUUGUUGACUUUUUUACAGUGAACAUUUUUUAAACUUGAUUUAAUAAAAAAUGUUAAUUUUGGAAGUGGAGUUUUGUAAAAACCUUUUUCAGUCAAACAGUAAUGACUUUAUUUAUGGGUAGUAAUAACAGUCACCAAAAAAGCCAUACAUGUGAACAUAUGCCUUGGUUCUGUCAUUCAAAAUAGUGAUGUUUACUAUGUGCUUGAACAUUUCUCUGCAGUUACGUGAGUGUAAUUGUAAGGAUAGCUGUUUAACAAACUCUUUUUAAAGACUUGACCAUAGGUUUUCCAGUUUAAAGCAAUAACUUUAGUACUUUCUUUCAAAAUUUAGUACUUCCAGUAUGUCAAGUUAAAACCAUUCUGAGAUCUGAGAACUCCUUUAAAGGAAAUUUGUAGGGAUCAUCUUGAUGAAAUUGUGUUUUGAAGUUUGUGGAUUAGUUAAAUAUCAUUAAUAGUCAUGUGUCUUUCAUAGAUGUUUUUUCAUAAGGAAAAUACUGACUUUAUUUGCUGUUAUUUGGGAACUCCUCAGUAUGCAAAUGUUUGUUUAAAACCUCCCAUCCUUUUGUCAAUGAAUUAGGAGUAGGGAUUGCCUUUACAGAUAGUUUAAAUUCAUGAGAAAUUCCUUGUUUUUAAUAUGCAUAUAGCUGAGUUAGGAUAAGGGAGGGAAACUGUAUUGAUAACUCUACCUAAAUUUCAUAAUACUUUUAGGAAAGCUAUUACCCUCAACAAAUUACAGUUUAUGUUGUUAAACAGAAUCUUAUUUGAGAUGUAUUGCUUUAUUUUUCAAUUAAACGUGGUUUUCUCCUA